AACGAUCAAACUCACACGCAGUUCCACCACCAUCGCAGAAACUACCCCCUACUUCCCUCCAUAACACAGGUCAAACCCUCAAAUGCUACCACCCACCCCCAACCCCACCACCCCCCACGCCCCCCCAAAAAAUUUCUAACCAUCCCUUCUCUCCCCAUUUCCACUGCCCCCGCCGGCGGCGCCGCCACCACCACCGUCGCCUUGCAGUUCUCCAUAAGCCCAUAGCCCUCCAAUGUCCAUCCUUCACUCCGUCACCGUAAUUAUCUUCGUGCUAUGCUUCGGCCUCUCUUCUCUCUCCCCCUUCACCCGCUCCCAACACGACGCCGCUCCUUGCCCCCUCAACUUCGACGUCCUCCGCGGCCUCGCCCAAGGGUGGCGCCGGCCCACCCUCGACGCCGCCACCGAGUGCCAGUUCAUCCGCCAGGGCCUCCGCCUCGUCCAGUCCGAGUACCUCCGGUCUACUGGCCUCUUCCUCCCUCCCCUUAACUCGUCCGAGGCAUGCUGGGACUCGUAUCAGUCCCUGGUCGACGAGUUCGUCCCCAACUUCGACAUCAGAUCCGCCUGCGGCUUCCAAACCUCUUGGAUUUCACAAGGGUGCAUGAACAUCACGACUCGAUCGCGUUUCGAAGACAUCGUUGCCAAAUCGUCGUUGGUUGACGUCGCCGGUGCGUGUAACCAGUCGCUCGAUAACAGUUCUCCCUGCGCGUUUUGCACCACCAGGCUGUCCAACCUCCAGGCCUCCUAUCUUACCGGCCCCUCCGUCGGAAACGUCUCCGAUUGCACGGCGUACACGUCUAUCUACGCCGCCGCGUUCGCGAACCAGUUCGGUCCUACCAACAAAGGCACCGCCAAAUGCCUGUUUCAGCUCGAUUUUAGGUCGGGAGGUUCCGGCGGGAAGGGCGGCAAGGUUGUGAUUUCGGCUGUCGUUUGCGGUGUCGGCUUGGUGGUGGGUUCCGCUGGGUUUUGGUAUUUUCGGCGGCGAAGGAACCGUAGGAGUAAGAAGACAAAGAGCGGUCAAAUUGGGACUGGUUUGGCUUUUGGGUUGGAUUCAAUUCGUGGAAGUACCAGUUUGGUUAAGUUCACAUUUGAGGAAAUUAAGCAGGCAACUAGAAAUUUUUCCAGGGAGAACAUUAUCGGGAGGGGAGGAUACGGAAAUGUGUACAAGGGGGCUUUGAAAGACGGGUCUGCAGUAGCAAUGAAAAGGUUCAAGAACUGUUCGGCCGCCGGCGACGCCACUUUUGCUCACGAGGUGGAAGUCAUUGCAAGUGUUCGACAUGUGAAUCUCGUAGCGCUGAGAGGGUACUGUACUACUACCACUCCUCUAGAGGGUCACCAGAGGAUAAUUGUGUGUGAUCUGGUGAAGAAUGGGAGCCUCCAUGAUCAUCUUUUCGGGUUUACAGAGAAGAAGCUCAGUUGGCCUAUUCGACAGAACAUUGCGCUGGGGACAGCACGGGGAUUGGCCUACUUGCAUUAUGGGGCUCAACCCACCAUCAUUCACAGGGAUAUCAAGGCCAGCAAUAUCCUCUUAGAUGAGAAUUUUGAGCCCAAGGUUGCAGACUUUGGCCUUGCCAAGUUCGCGCCGGAGGGGAUGACACAUAUGAGUACUAGGGUGGCCGGGACAAUGGGCUAUGUUGCUCCAGAGUAUGCCUUGUAUGGUCAGUUAACGGAGAGGAGCGAUGUUUACAGCUUUGGUGUCGUGCUCCUCGAGCUUUUGAGUGGGAGGAAGGCACUCACAGUGGUAGGUGACAGCCAAACCACCCUUGUGAGUGACUGGGCUUGGUCACUGGCGAGGAAAGGGAGGGCUUUAGAUGUUGUUGAUGAGGGUAUGCCGGAUGUGGGCAGUCCAGAGAGUAUGGAGAAGUAUGUUCUGGUUGCCAUUUUGUGUUCUCAUCCUCAGUUGUAUGCUAGGCCAACAAUGGAUCAGGUGGUGAAGAUUUUGGAAACAGAUUUGCCAGUUCCUUCGAUCCCGGAACGCCCAAUUUCAAUUGUGUCAGAUAUGGAUGAUAUUGAGAGAUCUGUGAGCAGUAGUGGCUCGGGUCAGCUGACCAGCUCUUCUGGCUACCAGCCAUUUACAGUUGAAGGGAACCACCCUCCUUAUGAUGGGGGAUGCAGGGGAAGAGUCUAAUGAUGCAGUAGUACAUCUGCAAUUCACAUAGUUGGACAUGAGAGGAUGGUUUGAAUUCUCUAAUGUUGCCCGUUCUCACUAAUUGGUAUGUUCAUCUUGAUUCAUUUGUUGAUACCAGGCAGUAAAGAUACUAUUUGAGGUACCUUAAAUUGGAAAUCCCCACCACUCCAUGUAAAGAGAAAUAGGUAUCAUCCACGUCUCAGAAUUAGUUUUUUUGAAUGUGAUAGAAGGAUGUUUAUGAACUUUUGCUGUCAUCCAUGUUUCCUUGGAAGCAUAUAUUGUACAGGAUUUGCAUAAAAGAUAAAACUUUUUGUAUGAA